CCCCUCUAGACAUCACAUCCGGGUCACUCGACAGUCAGUGUGUAAGAGAGUGUGCUUCUCCAUACAGUUGCUGCAACUCCACUGCAUGCAACAUGGACACUACAAGCAGCGGCCAGUCACGGAGCCGGAGGAACUGAGCACGCCUCGGCUCUGGCGGUGAGACGCUAUCAGCCACACCGGGGCAGGGAUGCGGUGCCGUCCAGCAGACUCACACUGGUAGGCGAGUCAUUUGUCAGCGAUGUCAAAGAGUCUGAAGAAGAAGAAGAACCACUGGACUAACAAAGUCCACGAAACGGUGCUCACCAGGAAUAAGGAGGGUGAGCUGGGGUUUGAGUUGAAAGGGGGCGCCGAGAAUGGCAAUUUUCAUUUUUUCGGGGAGGUGAAGCAGGGCAAGGUGGCCAUCCAGAGCGGCAAGCUGUCCCAGGACGAGCUGCUCUUGGAGGUCAACGAUACGCCGGUGGCAGGGCUCACCAUCAGGGAUGUGUUGGCCGUGAUCAAGCACUGCAAAGACCCUUUUCGGCUGAAGUGCGUAAAGCAAGGAGGUGUUGUGGAUAAAGAUCUUCGGCAUUAUCUCAACCUACGAUUCCAGAAGGGUUCAGUGGACCACGAGCUCCAGCAGAUCAUACGCGACAACCUCUACCUCCGGACUGUGCCGUGCACAACGAGACAGCCCAAAGAGGGGGAAGUCCCAGGUGUGGACUACAACUUUGUGAGCAUUGAGCGGUUUAUGGAAUUAGAGAAAAGUGGGGCCUUGUUAGAAAGUGGAACCUAUGAAGAUAACUUAUAUGGCACACCAAAGCCUCCAGCGGAACCCACGCAGAUGCUGUUUAAUGUGACAGACCAACUAUUGCCCGGUGCCCGACCCAGUGCAGAGGGAAAAAGGAAGAGGAACAAGUCUGUUAGUAACAUGGAGAAGGACAGCAUUGAGCCGCCAGAAGAAGAGGAGGAUGAGAGUCCUGUUGUCAAUGGCAAUGGCAUCGCCAUCACACCAGAAUCAAGCGAACAUGAAGACAAGAGUACAGACGCUUCUGGAGAUGUGCCCACCCAGUCAUGUCCACCCGAAACCCCCACCCUCACCGCCACAGAUGCCCCCGAGGAGGAAGGAGAGGCCCCCAAAUCCCCACAAGACUCCCAGGAGAAUGACGAACUGGGCCCCUUGCCAGACAACUGGGAGAUGGCCUACACUGAGAAGGGAGAAGUUUACUUUAUAGAUCACAAUACCAAAACGACGUCAUGGCUUGACCCUCGACUAGCGAAGAAAGCCAAGCCCCCAGAGGAAUGUGAGGAAGAUGAACUUCCAUAUGGCUGGGAGAAAAUAGAUGACCCUAUUUACGGCAGUUACUAUGUCGACCACAUUAACAGAAGGACACAAUUUGAGAACCCCGUCCUAGAGGCCAAGAGAAGAAUCCAACAGCAACAGCAAAUGCAGAGUCAAGGCCUAUCAGCGCUGCCAUUGCCCACCAUAUACAGAGAAAAGCCUCCAUUCACACGAGAUGCCGCACAGCUCAAAGGGACGUUCCUCACCACGGCACUGCAGAAAAGUAACAUGGGAUUUGGCUUCACCAUCAUCGGUGGGGAUGAACCAGAUGAGUUCCUGCAGGUGAAGAGUGUCAUACCUGAUGGACCUGCAGCACAGGAUGCGAAGAUGGGCACAGGUGAUGUCAUCGUCUACAUCAAUGACAUCUGUGUCUUGGGCACCACUCAUGCCGAUGUGGUGAAACUCUUCCAGUCCGUUCCCAUAGGUCAGAGUGUCACCCUGGUGCUCUGCCGAGGCUACCCCCUCCCCUACGACCCCGAAGACCCCUCUGCUAGGUCCUCUAUGCCUCCUUUGGGCCUAGUGGAUCAUCCAUUACUGCUCAAUGGACGGAACAACUAUGAAAAUUACAUGGAGUACAUGUCUUUGACCGGCCGCUUAGUUCCUGAGCACGGUGAGGGCCUCACUCCACAUCCCCAUCCUGGAGACACUCAUCUCGAUGGCUCGCAGCCUACAUCCCUUACAACUCCAGGACCCCCACCUGAUGACAGCAUCUCUAUGGCUUCAUCUUCAGGAGCGACAGCUGGAGCCCAAGUGGCCCCUGAACUUCUGAGUCUCACUAUAACCAAAGGCGCAGAGGGGUUCGGGUUCACCAUAGCGGACAGUCCCACAGGGCAGCGGGUCAAACAGGUUCUGGAGCCACAGGGUUGUCCUGGGUUAUGUGAAGGAGAUCUGAUGGUGGAGAUUAAUCAAAAAGGUCUUCAGGGACUCAACCACACACAGGUGGUGCAGCUGCUCAAAGACUGUCCUGUGGGAACAGAGGCUACGCUUGUCAUUCAGAGAGGAGGAACAGCAGGCCUCUUCAUGCCUUUGGAUCCCACAAAACAGUGGGACCCUCAAGGAAGCCCACAGACCAGUUUGUCGACCACUUUGCUCCCUCACGGCGCCCCACAUCACAGAGGGCUUUCAGAGGGCACAGAAGGCUUUCAACUGGGCAAACCUGACCCCUAUGACCUCUAUGAGAAAUCACGUGCCAUUUAUGAAAGCAGGCAGCCAAUUCCACCUCGGUCAGUGAUGGACUCUACAGGUGUGGAGUACCAGGAAGUAGAGGUUCAUCUGCUACGAGAGAAGACUGGGUUUGGUUUCAGGAUCCUGGGUGGAGAUGAAGCGGUGCAGGCAAUUGUGAUCGGAGCAAUCAUAGAGAACAGCCCUGCGGAGCGGGACGGCAGACUGCGUCCAGGAGAUGAGCUGUUCUCGGUUGACAGGAUGCCCGUGGCGGGGAGACCACACCGCUACGUCAUCGACCUCAUGCACGCAGCUGCACGCAAAGGACAGGUCACCCUGACCGUCAGGAGGAGAGUUCUGCCGCAGCAGGGCCAGCCAUGCGUGAAAAACGGUGCAUCGACAAAUCAGAGCAGCUCUCCCCGGGGCCAUGCAGUGUGCCCAGUCAAUUUACCACCCACAACUGAUGUAGUUAUCCACCGCAAGGAAAGUGAAGGCUUUGGUUUUGUCAUCAUCAGCUCCCUCAACCGACCAGAGACCACAACCACGAUAACUGUGCCACAUAAGAUCGGUCGCAUCAUCGAAGGCAGUCCGGCUGAUCGCUGUGGAAAACUAAAAGUUGGUGACCGAAUUAUGGCCGUAAAUUGUCAGUCUAUUAUCAACAUGCCUCACGCUGACAUUGUCAAGCUAAUCAAAGACGCUGGACUCACUGUCACCUUGCACAUCAUACCAGAGGAAGAUGUAAACGGUGCUCAUUCCGCCCCUACAUCGGAGAAGCAGAGCCCUAUGGUGGCCCAGAAACACAGUCCCCAGACUCAGCCCAGCACAGCAGCCCAGCAGAGCCCCACUGUGGCUCACCCCAGCCCACCAGCGCCCCAACCCAGCCCAGCUACCACACAGCCCAGCCCCAUGCAGAUGGAACCAGGCCCUGGAGCACCACAUAGCACCCCACCAGUGACUCAAACCAGCCUCCCUGUGAGUCAGCCUGGCCUGGAGGCCAUGCAAGCGGGUUCGGUGGUGACUCAGGCCACUUCUGUGGUGGAUCCUGGCAUGCCUGGGGUCCAACCCACCUCCAUCGGAUCAGUGUCAGUACCACCACAGCUGUACCUACAUGACACUAGGUCGGAGGUAAAAGCUAGACAGGAUGUUAAACCCGAUAUCUGCCAAGCUGCAUACACAGACUACAGACAGCCCCCAGUGGACUACAGACAUCCCCCUGUAGCAGACUACAGACAACCACCGAGCCUGGAGUACAGACAUCCACCUGCUCUUAUAGACUACAGACAACACUCCAUCGCAGAUUACCGACCACAGGACUAUGACUAUUUCACUGUGGAACUGGAGAAGAGUGUGAAGGGGUUUGGCUUUAGUAUUCGUGGAGGACGGGAAUAUAAGAUGGACCUGUUUGUGCUGAGACUGGCUGAGGAUGGGCCUGCCAUCCGCAACGGCAGAAUGAGGGUUGGAGAUCAGAUUAUUGAAAUAAACGGUGAGAGUACGAGAGAUAUGAGUCACACUCGUGCCAUCGAACUCAUCAAAGCCGGCGGUCGGCGGGUGCGUCUGCUGUUGAAAAGAGGCACGGGACAGGUGCCGGAAUAUGGAAUGGUAUCUACCAACCUUUCUAUGUGCAUGAAAAGCGACACUCUAGCCUCACCCUAUUUCUUCAUAAUGGGACACUCUAAAGACACGACAGUGCCACCUCCUGGAGUGCUGUCUCUACAGCCACCCCUGCCUUGUCGGAAGUAGUCUCAACCCGCUAGCGUGACACUAGCCCUUCGUCGUUGCCCGUCAUCUCAACCAGUCUCAAACCCUGGACUUGCCUCACUGACUUCUUUUAUGGACAUUGUGUGACAGUCUGGACCAAUCACAGCACCCCUCGUGGUCAUUCUAGUCCAGAUGCCAGUUUCGCCAACAGAAAAAAGGUGGCAGGUCCACCUGUAAGAGCUGUGCUUUGAAGAGGCAUCUUAACGAAAAAUGAAGAGAAAGAUCGGGAACAUUUCAUAAGUGUGGAAACAAUUUACGAACAGUUGCAGACAUAUCAACCUUAAAUGGAUUGUUGUAUCCCACUUGCUCAUCAUGAAAAUGCUGACCUGUGUUUUUAGCAGACGAUCUGGUAACCAUCCCAGAUGAACGGCAGCCAAAGUAGCAUGGCUUGCACUCUCGCCAUUUGAUUCUGAAUCCAGAACUUAUCACAGAGGAAUGCGCCAAACUGUCUAAGCAUAUUUCUUCUGUCAACUGGACCCAAGCUCUCUUUAUUUGUUUAUCAUGUAGAGGUUGUUUUUUUUUUUAUAUAUAUAUAUAAUUUCAAGUUGUUCAUACCACUACCCCUAAUGAUACUAGGGUCAAAUAUUGCAAAAUAUGUGUAGCAUGAUAAGAGAUUUCCGGGGAAACCAAUACAAGAAAUGGCCACACAUGUAUUGAGGUUCAUAGGUCUGGUGGGAAAAUGAGAAUUCACUGUUAUGAAACUCUCAAAUUAAGCAUGAGAGGACACAAGGAGACCACCAUUAUGGCCAUCUAAUGGAGAUACAAUGUAAAGUAUCAUGCCAUUUGAUUGAAUUGUGGGAAAAACCAUAGAGAGUAAAUGCACGUUACACGCCAAAUCUGACACAUGGACUGUUGACUUUAGACGUCAAUAAUAAACCCAUAUUAAAAUGUUAUAUUAGUAUGAUUUAGUCUAGAGUUGCCAUAUCCAGCUGAACAUUCUGUUACUCACCUGAAGCUUAAAAGUAGAUGUUUUCAAAGUUUCAGAUUCUCAUUUUCUUCAACCUUCCCAUCAUGUAAACAAAGUAGCUGCCAUCCAGACCAUUGGAUGACAAGGAGAGAUCACAAUUUUUUAAGGACUGUUUGGUCUGAGAUUAAGAGUAAUGCAGUCUUGCUAUGCGUCCUAACCAGGUGCGAUGUGACAAGAUUUGGCACCAUUCUGAGUAAACUUUAGAGACUUUUGUGCAUGAAAAUCCCAGAAAUACUCAAACCAGCCCGUCUGGCACCAACAAUCAUGACACGAUCUAAAUCACUGAGAUCAAAUUUUUUCCCAUUCUGAUGGUUGAUAUGAACAUUAACUGAAGCUCCUGACCGCAUGAUCUGCGUGUCAGGAAGAAAAGAUCUGCAUGAUUUUAUGCAUUGCACUGCUGCCCCACGAUUGUCUGAUUAGAUAAGUGCAUGAAUAAGUGAUGUAAACCAAGCGACCACUAGGGAUAGGAAUCACAGAAAAUGUAAUGAUUCUGAUUCCUUUUAACAAAUCAAAUUCUUUAACUGUUCCAUUGUUUUGAGGUAGAAAUAUUGCAUUUGCUGCCCUCAGCUGUUGUCAAAUUAUGAGAUCAGUUUGACUCAUGUAAAUCAUUAAUUCGGGAACCACUACACUGAUUACGCUGUAGAUUCAAAAGUACUAGUUCACAAGAGUCAUUAAUUUGGGAAUUGGACUACAGUGGUCAUGCUGACGAUUCAAAAGAACUGGUUCACAAGAGUCAUUCAUUCGAGAACAACAUUACACUGGCCAUGCUGACGAUUCAAAAGAACUAAUUCAAAAGAGUAAUUUGUUUGGGAAUUGGACUGCAGUGGUCAUGCUGUAGAUUCAAAUUAACUGGUUCACAAGAGUAAUUUCAUUUCGAAUUGGACUACAGUGGUCACACUGUAGAUUCAAAAGAACCUAAGAACAUAAGAGUCAUUCGUUUGGGAAACGGACUACACAAUCUAAUUGCAAACAUUUUUCCCCCCACUGUUUACCGAGCCUAGGGCUGUUA